CCCAAAUCUGAGAGGAUGGCUUCAGAUGGAGCAUCUCCAUUGCCAGAACCAGAUAUGACCUUGAAACCAGGUGCUGCCCUGUCUCCUUUCACUGCACUUCCCUUUCCCCAACCUGCUUCUGGUCCCCCAGACCAGCCACCCUGGGAGCAGCCUCAGCAGUCUCCCAUGCCUUCCGCAUUCUCUCCAGGCAACCCUCUGGUGCUCUCUGCUCUCCCCAGCCCAUGGAUGGUGACAGGGGAUGGGGGCCCUGGACCCCCUGGGGCUGGAGUCAUUGUCAAAGUCAAGACAGAAGUGGGACUGGCUGAACCCUCUCAAACUCAGAACUUUAUCCUUACUCAGUGAGCCCUCAGUUGGAUUGCCUGAGGCAAUCCCUGAGGGGGCCCUGAGGGUCUUUCCCCAUAAUUCAUGACAGCCACUAACAUAAAGACCCUUCUACCCACCAAGGCCGUUGGGGUCAGCCGGGAGGGCCUCCCGGGCCUUCCUGCUCAGGCUCCACCACCAGCUGCCCAACUGGCCCCCACUGUCCUGGAAAAGGCUUGGCCAAGGCCACAUGGGACAACCCAAGAAGGAGGUCCUUUGGCCACCCAAUCCAAGCCCUCACUGGGUGACCUCGCCUAUACCUCCAAAGGUGUAUAUGAAAACUUCCGACGCUGGCAGCGCUACAAAGCCUUGGCUCGGAGGCACUUCUCUCAAAGUCCUGAUGUGGAAGCCCUUUCCUGCUUUCUUAUUCCUGUGCUUCGCUCUCUGGCUCGGCUGAAGCCCACGAUGACCCUGGAGGAGGGACUGCCAAGGGCUGUGCAAGAAUGGGAGCAUACCAGCAACUAUGACCGGAUGAGCUUCUAUGAGAUGGCAGAAAAGUUCAUGGAGUUUGAGGCUGAGGAGGAGAUGCAGAUUCAGAACACACAACUGAUGCUUGGGUCCCAGGGCCUGCCUCCAGCCACCCCUCUGAAACUUGAUCCUCCAGGGCUCCUGGCCCCUGAGGUUGGCCAGCAGCCAGUGUACAUUCCCAAAAAGGUGGCUUCGAAGGCCCGGGCCCCCCGUCGGCGGCAGCGUAAAUCCCGGAGGCCUCCAGUUCCUGAGGUACCCAAGGAGAUUCCACCAGAAGCCGUGAAAGAGUAUGCUGACAUCAUGGAUGGGCUCAUGGGGAGUCACUUGGCCACUGGGGAAGAUGGAAAACAGGAAGAGGAAGAAAAGCAGCAGCAGGAGGAGGAAGGAAUGUAUCCAGAUCCAGGCCUCCUGAGCUAUAUGGAUGAGCUUUGUUCUCAGGAGGUCUUUGUCUCCAAGGUGGAGGCCGUCAUUCAUCCACAAUUUCUGGCAGAUCUGCUGUCCCCAGAACAGCAGAGGGACCCGUUGGCCUUAGUUGAGGAACUGGAGCAAGAAGAGGGACUCAGUCUUGCCCAGCUGGUCCAGAAGAGACUCCUGGCCUUGGAAGAGGAUGCAGAGGCAUCUCUUAGUUGUAGUGGAGCUCAAUGGGACUCCAGUCCUUCCGUUUCUGAUGAGGAUGAAGAUGGAGGUGGGCAGCUUCGGCCCUCACCUGGGCCUCGAGUGGCUGGGGGCAGCACUGUUUGCCUUGGAAAGGCUGCUUUCCCAGCCAAGCGGGCCCGGAAAGUACAUGGUGGAGAGGAGCAGGCCCUAGAUGGCCUGAGGGGGAUGUGCAGAGAUGGGUGCGUUAUGCCAUCUCCUGGCAGCUGGCACCUGCGGCUAGAACUUCCAGCUGCACAGGGAACUCGAGGGUCCUUCAAAAUGGAGAGAGGGGGAUCUGGGAAGGUGACAGAUCAAAUAUACCCACAUCAGGAUGACCACCUGGGAGGUGCUAGGUCUCCUAGGCACUCCCUGGUGGUGGACAGCACUUCUGAGAUUCCAUGUGUUUGUUGGCAGGAAGGCCCCCAACUUGAGAUGGUUCCCAGUUUGGAUGUUGGACUGGCAGAGCUGGCUCCUCUGCAAGGACAAGGUUUAGAAAAGCAAGUUCUGGGGUUGCAGACAGGACAGCAGCUAGAGGGGCUGGGAGCGCUUCCUCAAGGGGAGGAGCUGUUGGCAGCGCCCCAGGAAGGCGCUUCAGGAGCCGUGUGGGGAGAUGACAAAGGUCCUCCUGUGGUUCAGAGUUAUGAUCAGAGCCCUUCCCUUAGGGAAGCUGGGGAUGGAGACGGGGACACAGCCUCUCUCAGUCCAGGACUUUGGCUGAGCGGUGAGCUGGAAGCUGUGGGUUUGGAGUUACCCUUACAAAUUGAGGAGGUUAUAGAGAACUUCCAUGUGAAUUCCACUCCCAGGGAAUGUGUCGCUGAGCAUCAGGAAGGCUGCCAGGUGCUAGGCUUCAGAGGCAACAUUUCUCUGGGUCCUGGAGAAACCACAGCACCCAGGGAAGAGGGGAGCAGUGCAGUUCCCAGUGGAGGCACGGACGGCACAGCUGCCGUGCACAAGAGAAACUACGGCAGCCUGGCCAGACCUCUGAGGGCCAACAGCCCAUCCUUGAGGCCUGAAGGAAAUAGAGAGCAGAGCCCUGGGGCUAUAAGGGGUCUCAGUGGGCUGUGGGCCGAAGGCUGCCCCUCGUUGCUGGAGAGUAGCAUCAGCACCCGCACACUGGGGGCUCCCAAAGAAACCCUUCAGCCUGCAUGUCAAGGCAAUAUCUUUAUGCUGGGGACCCAGGGUAUCUCCUCCUUCCCUGAGGUCAGCCUAGAGGCGGGGAGUGGGAGCAAUUCCAUCUCUCCUCUGUUGGAAACCAUAGAACAUGUCAACAUACUAGAUAUUAGAGAGGCCUGUGGCCUCCAUCUACGGGUCAUUGAGGAUACCUGCCUGCCCAAUUUUAAUUCUUAUGACCCCCAAGGAGAGCGCAGGAAGGCUACUGAUGUAUCCAAGCCCGAGGACCUUGCUCCCUUACCAGGAAAUCAAGAGUCUUAUGCACAUGGGACCCCCAAAUCAAUUUCUCAUCAGGGCCUUGAAAACACGUUCUCUAGAUGCAGAGCCAGCGAUGCCUUAGUUCUGAGAGAAGCCUCUCCUGUCAGUGAAACAUGCAGCUCAAGAGAUGGGGCCAAAGGAAAGAAGAAGCGGGAGAAGGAGGGGAAGGAUGGGGAAAUCGCCAGCUUGGCCUACCUCUUGGCUUCUAAACUUAGCCUAUCUCCCAGGGGGCCUCCCUUCAGUCCUCACCCUGCCUCAGGCCCACCAGCUUCCACGGGAGGGCAGGGUGUCCAGAGAGCAUCCAACUCCCACUCCACUGAGGCCAGGGACCUUGGCCAGCCUCCAUAUCCUAUGGCCAAGUCUGGGAAGAAAACCCUCAGUCCAGCUCCUGCUGGAAAGAGGCCCUGCCAGAGAGUUAAACUAGGCAUCUCUGGGGAGAAACCCCUGGCUCUGGAGGGGGCUCGGGCCUCACAGUCCCAUAAAAGGCGGCGAGAUACUUUUGUCAAGGGCAGAAGAAAGAAACGACGGCGUAGCCAGUAGGGGACAGCUGAGCCAAAGGAUCCCACCUGCUGCUCCCUGGAAGGUGGGAGGCCCCAGGGUGGAUUUCACCCUGGCUUCGUACCAACACGCUGGUUCUCAACCCCAUGUUAUCUUGUUGUUUUGCAAAAGUAGGGAGUGUGGGAAGGGAGGUCACACUGGCUAGGCUGAAGGUGGUCCCCUUGGUGGGAGGUGAAGUACUUUUGAAAGGAGUUGUAUGGGGAAAAAGAAUAAAGACUUUCCGGUUGUU